ACGCCAAAAUUGAUUUAAAAUUGUGGAAGCAUACAAAAAUUAUUGAUAUGAACAAAGAAAUUUACUAUGAGGGCUGGUUGAUCAAAUCACCGCCCACGAAGCGUAUAUGGCGUGCGCGUUGGCGUCGUCGUUGGUUUACUUUGAAACAAGGCGAGAUACCGGAGCAGUUUUGCCUUGAAUACUAUGCGGAUCCUAAGUGUCGCAAAUUGAAAGGUGUCAUCGAUUUGGAUCAAUGUGAGCAGGUGGACUGUGGCCUACGAUUGGAGAAUCGAAAACAAAAGUUUCAAUUUAUGUUCGAUAUCAAAACUCCAAAGCGUACAUAUUAUUUGGCUGCGGAUUCGGAAACGGUUAUGCGUGACUGGGUGAAUUGUAUAUGUCAGGUGUGUCAUUUGCAUGAUACCAAACAAGCACAGGGUAAUGAAAAUCGCGCCCAAAAUAUAGCAGCCACCACUGUUCAUACCAAUACAUCGACUGAUACAACAACCACAACCAUUAAUUCGUCGAGUGGUACAAGUGCCGGUGGCAAUAAUACCCGUCAAAGUUUUAAUAAUGAUAUUCUACGUCGUCCAUUGAAUGUGGUCGAACAACAGCCUUUAAUGACAAAUAACAAUGUCACCACAUCAUCGUCAUCAAUAUCCUCCGCAUUCCAACAACAACAAAGUGCUGAAGACAGUAGUCGGGCCUAUGUCAAUACAGAAUAUUCAAAUCGUGAGACAUUAGUGUGUGACGAUCAAUUUGAAAAACAACAAUUGGCAAAUACAAAUCAACAAAACACACAAACCGGAUCGUCUUCGGCUUUAUAUCUAAAUACGGCAGCAUUCCAGGAGUCCUCUCGUCUUGCUGUCAGUGCAAAUGGUGUGGUACGAAAAAUCCCAGAAAAUUUGGUGCUUAAUAACACGCCAUUGCCCGAGACGCAGCAGCAUAGUGUACAACCGUCACCAGCAUUGAGUACAGCAUCCGGACCAUAUAUACCCAUAAGUGAAUGUUAUUCGGGAAGUCCGAAAUUUUUGUUGGAGGCCACUAAUCAACCUUCUACGCCCUUGAAUAAUUUGGAUCCAAAGUUUUAUGAUACUCCACGAAGUCAUAAUAAUAUUGGCUUGAAUUUAACUAACGAUCAAUCGUAUUCACCGAAAAUAACCAAUUGUGGAACGCAACAACCCAUAAAUGUUUCUAAAACUCGCAGUCAUAAAUCGGAUUCAGAUUCUGAAAGUGUGUUUACCGAUGAUGAUGAAUGGGCUCAUCCUAUGCCUCUCAGAGAAAACAUGGAUCGUAAUACCAGACCAUCCGAUAGUUCGGUGGAAAAUGAAUCGUUUGUAUUAACAUAUUCACAACGAUUUUCAAAAUUACCUGACGAUGCCAAUAGCGAGCUAAAAAACACCGCAACCAAGAGUGGUAGUUUACACAAUUCCAACGAAUGUUUGGAGAAAUUAGCAAAUGUAUUGAAAAAUAAAAAUAAUCUCAUAUUGGACUUUAAGGACAAUGAAAAAUCUUCAACACGUGAUAUGCCACAAUUUUCAGAUACUGAAAAUACAUCACCCGCUAUUAUCGGGCCACGUGAUGCACGCUCCGUGGUCGAAGAAAGCUAUGAUAUACCACGCUCUCAUCAAUUACCCUAUUACAAUAUGACCAAUAUAAUGGAAAAAGUUAAUAGUCCGGAAGCUAAUCCCAUUGCAGCUUCAACACCAAAUCUAAUGAGUGGCUCCGAUACGGUACCCAGUUCACCGGCUUCAGUGAUUUCAGCAACACAAUCUCUGGGACCACAAAUGUCAUCGAGUGUACGCACACUACCACGUCCACAUUGCUAUACAAAUGCGGCGCCGUGUAAAGUGGAGAAUAAUGUAUUUCGUUAUGAUUUUAUUGAUCAAACCAAAGUACCGCCAGUUAAUCGUAAACUCAAACCAAAAUUAAGUAUUGAGGCUGAUAAACCGCCAGAAGAGUUACCAGCAAAGCCUCCACAAUUAGCAGCAGCACAAGUUGAUAAUUUGACAAGUCGUUUGCAAGCGGCACAAAUUCAAACACCAGCCGGACUGGGAAAUAGUGUUGGCGGCGGUGAAGGUGGCCAAUUGGCGGCCACGGAAAAUAUUCCACUAAAGCCACCAUCGGUUGAUCGUAAAAAUAAACCAAAUGCUUAUAAAAUUGGAAACUCAAACACACUGGGCAACAAUACACGUCGAACAACAGGUGCUCCCCUAUCAAUGGUUAUGUUAUCAUCUGAAAAUGAAUUACCCCUCUCAUCCUAUAACAUGGAAUCACGAACACUACCGCGACAGCCCAGACCAAAUUAUGCUCUGGGACAUGCUAGCAACACUUCACAAUGCAAUACACCGACAAUGAUUAAUCCCGCCCUGAGCAGUGGUUUUGUCAUACAACAUCAACGAACUGCAUCGGCAAAUGCAGCAAUGCAAUUUUUGAACUCGAAUAAUACUCUAAUAUCCAAUAAUACAACAUUACCCAUACAAUUACAAUUGCCACCUAAAAAUGAACAUAAAUUACAAUAUUUCGAUUUAGAUGUUGCCAAUGCACCGGCCAUAAAUCGUCAAAGUACCAGUGUUGGUAAUUUGCAUAGUGGUGGUGCCGCGGGUAAUCGAUUAGGUUUGGCGGCUGAUCCCUCAGCCAGAGCUCCAGUACAAAGUACAGUGGUCUACAAUUCAGUGGAUUUCGUUAAAACAGAGGCCUUUAAACGUAUUCGCGAAGAAAGAAAAACUCAAAACGAAGGUGUUACCCAAAAUACCAACAGUAGUAAUAAGUAA